UCGAUGAAUUUCGUAGACCGAAGUGGGAUCACUUUUUAAACAGUAAGGUACAAAUAAUAUGUACCUAGGUAGGGUACCUACAUAAUAAGAAGGCACAACUUGCAUCGAGCAUGGUUCAACACAAAGUUGAAUUUUAGUUCUUUUUAAAAAAAUUUAUUAAAUGUCUGAAAUCGGUGAAGUUGUGUUAGAAAUGAUACAUUUGUGUUUUUUCCUGAUUUUUAUUUCUGUUCAAAGUACCCCAGUCGAACACGGUCAGAAUUUAAUCUUCAGAGAUUUAGAACAAUUCAAGACUGGACUGGGAAUUGUGCAUCAUCGAGUUCCUAGAGGAGUGAUAUGGGAUCAAAGUAAAAGGUGGCCUAGUCCCAUCAUUCCUUACGAAAUCAGCUCACAUAUGAGCGAUGUAAUGAAUCGAAAGAUCAAGAAAACAAUGGAAUAUAUGGAAAGCAAAACAUGUUUAAAAUUUAAGCAAAGAGCGAGAAAAAAAGUGGAUUACAUAUUCUUUCAAGAUGAUGAGUCUGGCUGUUACUCGAAGCUUGGUAGACAAGGAAGCAAACAAAUCGUAAAUCUCAAAAUUCCAGGCUGCGAUGAUGAGUCAACCAUACAGCACGAAAUCAUGCACGCUUUAGGAUUCGAUCAUGAGCACCAAAGAAUAGAUCGAGAUGAAUACAUACGAGUUCGUUUUAACAACAUAGAAGAAGAAGCAGAAGAUCAGUUCGAAAAAGAAGAAUCAGAUACCAUGGGACUACCAUACGAUUUUUACAGUGUGAUGCAUUAUAGUUCAGAUUUGGGCUCCAAAAACCAUAAUGAACCCGUUUUGGUGCCAAAGGUGAUCGGUAUUGGUUUGAUAGGGGAUAACGAACUUGAUGAAUUGGAUAUAAAAAAAAUUAACAUGUUAUUCAACUGUACGAAGCAUGAAGAGAAAUAGAAGCUGUGUUCAAAUAGUAUUAUUUUUUACUAAUUUUAAAGUCUGGAAAAUUACUACCAAGUACAUUUUUGUAGACCUAAUUCUCGCAACUUGAGAUUUGGAACUAUUUGUUUCAAUUUUUAAUGUCGAAGUUAGGUAUGUCAUGAUUUACCUAUUGGAGUGAUUUGAAAUUGCUGGAGAAAAGUCAACUACUGGUGGACAUAUCACAUAUCUGCUCAAAAGAGGUUACAAUAGAUUCCGGAGGUCGACGUUGGGUGUAGAGUAAGUUCUGAGUGAUUUUCUGCGGGAAAAAGUGAUUUUGGAUUUUUUUUCUGACAAAGUAGGUAUUCUAAAAAGUGCAAAAAUACAUCACCACUCAAGAUUCAUUCAACGUAUUAGAUCAUCAUGAAAAAAAUAUAUUUCAAAACGCGAAAAAUUCAUUUGUUGAAAUUAACUCCUGAGCCAAAUUUUAGAUUUAUCAGGAACAAUGACAUAAGUUGUAAAGAUUCCCUCGCAAUUAAAGAAGAAAGCAAUAUUGUAAAGUGACCUAACUGCAAAAUUUUUUCCUCAGGAAAUUGAGACAAAGCUGUCCUAGUAUCGUAUUGUUUUCAAGUAAAUGAAUCAUCAUAAGUGUACCUACCAGCUACCUGUGUGUACAAUUGAUUACACGUGUGUUGAAUUAUCUUCAAAGUUGAAGCAUUAUUUAAACAUGUACAUGAAGGUUCGUUAGGUACCUCGUUAAUUGUAUCUACAUAAAAUUAUCAGACAAAUCGAGACUAAAUAAAACACGUACACUUCACUACCGAGAUUUUUUGCAGGCGAUAUUUCGAGGAAUUUUGUCGAACAAAACGGAAUUAAAUUUUCAAGUAGGUAAGAGUAGGUAAGGUAGUAUGUAUAAGUAUAAAUACAACUUGCAUCGAACAUGCUCCAUCAUUAAUCAGAAUUUAAUUUGUUUUUGUGAUCUCGAAUGUCUCAAGUCGGCAAAGUAGUGUUAGGAAUGAUACGUUUGUGUUUUUUUGUGAUUUUUAUUUCUGUUCAAAGUGUGGUAGUUGAACAAGACCACAACCAGAAUUCAGAUAAUCGAACCAUCUUCGGAUAUCCUCAUCUUCAAAUUAAGACGGGACAAGAAAUUGUGCAUCAUCGAGUUCCUAGGGGAGUGUUUCGGGAACAAGAGUUUAGGUGGCCUAGUCCUACAAUUCCUUAUGAAAUCGGCUCAAAAAUGAGUGAUAAGAGACGUCGUGAUCUUAAGAGGGGAAUUGAAAUUCUAGAAGAAAAAACAUGUUUGAAAUUUAAGCAGAGAUCGAAAACAUAUAUUCCUAACGAUUACAUAAUCAUUGAAGAUUAUGGGAGAGACAGUGCCUGUAACUCAAUGUUUGCAGGUAGACAAGGAGGUGGACAAUACAUAAAUAUUGGUGGCUGUGAACGUGAGUUUUCAAUAAUUCAUGAAAUCAUGCACGCUUUAGGAUUCGCCCAUGAGCAUCAGAGAAUGGAUCGAGACAAAUACAUAGAAGUUCGCUACAACAAUAUAAUCGCAGGACUUGAAAGACAAUUCGAUAAAUUAGAUACAGAUACCAUGGGAAUACCAUACGAUAUUCACAGUGUGAUGCAUUAUGGUUCACAUCACGGUUCCAUAGGCAGUAGACCCGCUAUAGUGUCAAAGAUACCCGGUAAAAAGUUACAAAAGUAUAAUGAAUUGAAUGAUUGCGAUGUAUUCAAAAUUAAUAAAUUAUUCAAAUGCAAGGGCAAGAGGUAUGAAAAGAAAUGUAAAUUGUAGAUUUCAAGCCAAAAAAUUUUUUUAAUUCACGUGUUAUUUUAUAGAAAUUUGAAAUUUGUACUCAGAAAAAUAUUAUACUUAAAGUAUUUGUA